UGGAUAUAUUCCCAUUUCCCUGCAAGGAAUCGGAAUAACCAAAAGGCACGAAAAAUGGCUUCUUAAUAAUAAUGAUAGGAUUUUCUUUGUUAAUCCACUUAAUAAUCUUAAUUAAGUUGAAAUCAGCUUUUUUAUUAAGAUUCCGGUGAUUUAAUGGAAAUUUUCGGCAGACUUGUUUCUUCCAUCCUUUGGAUAUGUCCGUACCUUAUCACCUGUUUUUGCUCUAUGUUUGUCAUUAUUUUCAUCUAUUCCCAUUCGCUGUCGUUGAUCUCCUAAAAGCAUCCGUUUCGUUCCAAUAUUAUGUUCUGUUAUUCUCCAUGUAUUUGCUCCAUAAAUUAAACUGCUUUUAAUGAGUGUUCCAUACGUUGUUCCGUUACUUCAAAGUACACCAUUUAGAUAUUCUGUAAAUAUUCUGGCUUGUGUUGUUCUUUUCUUUAUUUCUCUAUAUUGUGUUUUGCAGACGAGUCAAAUUCCACACCAAAGAACGUGUAAGUGUUACAAAUAGUUACUUAAUCUUUUCUAAUCGUAUAUUAGAUGAAUCUGUUCCUAUGAGAAGAUAUUUCAUUUUCUGUGUAUUGAUUUCUAGUCCCCAAUUAUUAAACUCUUCCUGCGAUUUUCGCGUCAUAUAUUGUAAGUCGUCUUUAUCGUACAUUAUGAUAACAACUGGCCGUCAGCAAAUUGUAGAGUAUGAAGGCAAGUGUCUCCGAUGUCGAUGUCCAUUCCGUUACACUUUUUCUUUCAUUGGUACAGAACUCUCGGUACAUAGAUUUUAAACAAUGUAGGUAAUGCACGACAGACUUUACCGAUCUUUACUCUUAAUGAUGUUUCAUCGUAUAUACCCUAUCGGACAAAAGUAGAGCAAAAAGUUCAAUUUUACUCAUGUUUGAAUAAAAAAAAUUAUUGGGUUGUGUUUUUUCGCUAAGCUUAAUGUCACACUAUCCUUACACUAAAUGUAAUAUUUCAGUACAUUUUGGUGUACUUUUAAUCAUUUUAAGAACGGUAAAUAUUAAUGAUUAUAAAAAUUCAUAAGAAUGGGGGGCGACAAAAGUAGAGCAACAAAUUGUAACAGUAUUUUAUUUUACUUUAGUUCAACAAAAUUUUUUUAACACAUUUAACAACAAAAACAAUUGCAAGUAAUACAUUAGUAAUUGAUAGAAUAUCCAUUAUUAUUAAUUACUUGCUGAAAACGGCGCGGCAUUGAAGCAAUCAACUUCUGAAUGACAUUUUCGGGAAGACUUGUCCAAACUUACUAAUUUUAUUUAUUAUUAAGGAUUGUUUAUUUGGAAACAUUUGGGUACGAAUAUGACGUUCUAUUUCUUCCCAGAGAUUCUCAAUGGGGUUAAGAUCUGGGGAUUGUGCUGGCCACUGCAAAACAUGAACAUUAUUUUCCCGAAACCACACUGUUGAACAACUUGUAAAGAAUGUUUUGGAUCGUUGUCCUGUUGAAAAAAAAAUAAAACGCAAUGGCAUUUCCCAUUCUGCAUAAGGAAGCAAAUGUUAUGUAUCAUCAUCGUAUCAUUAAUAAAGUGCAUAGGGCCUACCCCAUGCCAUGAAAAACAACCCCAUAAAAAUACACUACCUUUACCAUGCUUAAUUGUAGGUGUUACGUAUUUAGGAUUAAACCUUGUAUUGAUUGGUCGCCUCACACGCCUCAUUCCAUCAGAAUAGAACUUUUUUCCAGUCAUUGACGGUCCAGAUUAAAUGCCGGCGUGCAAAUACCAACCUUGCUGCUCUAUUUCUUAUUGAAACGGCUUUUUAGCUGGACGUCUACUAACCUUCUUUGUACUGUUCGUAUACCAACCGUAAUUUCUGGAAUUUCGGCAAUAAUACGAGGAGCGGACUUCCAAGAAUCAUUUUGGGAAAUCCAUUUGAUGCGUCUGUCAGUCGUUAUUGAUGUUUUCCUUGGCCUUCCCGAUUUUGGCAACUUCUUUAAAUGUCCCCUCUUAUUAUACGAUGAUAUUAUUUUGGACACAGUGUACCGGGGUAACUCAAACUGUCUUGAAAUAUCGGCUUGUUUGUUACCUUCCAUGAAUCCAUUCACAACUCUUUGCUUCAAGUCUUUUGAAAUUGGAAUUCCUGUCGGCAUGAUUAAUCUUAUACAGAAACGUUCAAAAAAACAUAAAAAUCACCUUACACAAUUAUUUUAUCUCUUUACUUUUGCUAAAACCCUUCUUUUAAACAAAUUAUUUGAAUGUUCUUUACUUUUGACGCGUUACUAUGAAGCAUUUAGACUUAAACGUCAAAAUAAAAUCAUUUGUUUUGAUUGCGAAAAUUUUUGUUGACAUUGAUAAUCAUAGUCUACUUUGUAGUUUUAAAACUUAGUGGCUUUAUACUAUACAUUAUCAUGCAUUUAUAAUUUUAAAAUCGGUAUUUGCAAAAAUUUCUGGGCUGAGUGUUGCGCUACUUUUGUCCGAUAGUUUAGAUUUUUGAGAGCUUUUAUAACAAAAUGACUAGGCUUGGUUUUCACAACUUCUUGACAGAGACUGUAUCAUAAGCUUUCUGGUGAUCUAUAAACAUACGAUGGGUUUCUUGGUUGUAUAAUUCUAUCACCCUGUACUAUCACAUCCGUAGGUGUGUUCAGCAAAUAUUCUUCUCUGCUUUCAGUCUUUAAACAACUUUUGAUAGGGUCUAUUUCUUUGUUGGUAUAAUUUGGACAUUUGCCUUAUUUUUUAAGUCGCACAAGUUUUUCAUUAAUCUCUAGGAUUCUGAGCACUUUUUACCGUUUAUAUAGGUGCUAAUUUUCCUACCCUUUUUGUCUAUCUCUUUCUGUCCUAUAUUUAUCUGGUUCAUUUUUCUGAUCAUUUAUCUGUGAACUUCUGAGAUAGGGCUAGCAGUUUUGCUCUGACAAUACGAGGGCUUGACUGGGGGUGACUUUUUGAAUUUCCCCCCUUUAAUGGAAAUGGCAACUCUGCUCCUGUCAACAGAGAACUGUCAGUUGGCGCCUGUCAAAAUUUGAACAAGCUGCGUCAUUUAGUUUGUGUUUGACAGCUGUUGAUAGCAGACUACCACUCGUUUUGAGAAGAAAAUGGAAAAAAGUGAAUUUCGUGUGCUCAUUAAGCAUUAUUUUUUAUGGAAAAACACCAUCACUCAAACCAAGGCUAAGCUUGAUAAAUAUUAUGAGGACUCUGUACCAUCCAUUUCCAUGGUAAAGAAGUGGUUUACAACCAACUUACCAACCAACUUAUUGGAUAGAUUCAAUGAGGACCACAUUUGGCCAAAAAAAAAGUUCUUUUCCACCAGGACAAUGCAAGGGUCCACACAUGUGCAGUUUCCAUGGCAAAAAUCCAUGAAAUAGGUUACGAAUUACUUCCUCAUUCGCCCUAUUCUCCAGAUUUAGCCCCCAGUGACUAUUUCCUAUUCCCAAACUUAAAGAAAUGGCUCGGCGGAAAGAGAUUUAACUGCAACGACGAAAUCAUUUCUCAAACAAAUGCCUAUUUUGAUGACCUCGACAAAUCAUAUUUUUUCCGAAGGGAUAAAAAAAUUAGAAAAACGUUGGACUAAGUGUAUAGAACUCAAAGGAGACUAUGUUGAAAAAUAAAAUAACUUUUUAUAUAAAAACCUGUCUUUUAUCCAAAAAGUCACGGACUUAUUGACCCGCCCUCGUAUAAUGGUUUGAGCCGCAAACGGCUUCUCUAUAUGCUCGUACGUUAUUUAUUCGUAACAUCGUAUUUUAAUGGUAAAUGACAAAUUUAUAUUUUUUUGUAUGUUGUACUUAUUCAUGUGUAUGUAUGAAUUUCCUUACGCCAAUUUAUUUUUUUGAUAAAUGUUGCUGACACAUUUCGAUUUUUCUCCGAAUGGGCAUACUAUGGAGUCAUUCAUCAAUCCUCCGACCAACUCUACAUUCAGAUCGCCAAGGAUUAUAAUUUCUUUUGAUUUUUCUAUGAACCUGAAUUAUUCAUAUACAUAUUAAAUAACAGAGGACUCAAAAUGAUACUUCUUUACUUUUAAAAUAAUCAUCAUCCACGUACUGUAUUCUUUCAGACGAAUAACUUUUUAUUAAUCAAAAUGAGGUUCCUCUAAUUCAAUUCUCUUUUAAGAUGUUUAAAAGUUGGGUAGUCGAUAGUAUCAAACGCCUUAGCCAGGUCAAUUAGAACGCAAACAUUUUUGUCCACGUUCCUUCUUUGUUCCCCUUGUUCACCUAUUUACCUAGAAAAAUACUAAUUUUCGGAUCCCCAUAUGUGAUACCUUAGACUGAGAUGGCGAUAUAGAACUGUUAGUUUUUAUUGGAUAUGUUUAAUAUUUAUAUUAUUCUUUAAAAUAUUUGAAAAUGAUGUUUCCUCAUGUCUAUGUCACAUCUAUGCAAAUAAGAAAAUAGUAAUUUUAUUAUCACAGAUAAAGUCUUAGAAAAAAAAGUCAAUUUUCAAAUAUUUUAUUACCUUAUUUCUCCAGAAAUGUUCUAAAAAUGAGUGUAUCAUUUAUUUAUCUCCUAAUUAACACAAGCUAAAUCGAAUACCCCAAGGAAAACGAAUAAUCUAUUCUAACUACAUGAGGAUAAUAAUAUGCAAGCUAUGUCUGCAUUUUCAGCUUUUGUCUUUCCAGUUUUUAUUUAAAUAUUUCAUCCAAGUUUUUAUUUGAAUGUAAGAAACUUUGCAUCACCCAUUUGCAUGUAGACAUUUAAGAACUACAGAAAUUAGACGUUUAAUGUAAGGAUUUUAAAGAAUAAAUAUUUUGCUUAAGAGAGUGCAUUUAUAAUGAAUGAAUGAAUGGACAGCAAGAUUGCCAGAUUGAUAACGCUAGAUUUUGUGCCUAUAGGGUUAUUUAGAAUUAAACAUUCAUCAGAAAGCACUUCAAAAAAAGUAAAGUCAUAAAAAUGCUUUUGAAAGAAUUUUUACAUAUAGAUAAGUUAAUAUAUAACUAAUAUAAGACAUAUGGUUUAAUUUAAAAAAAGAAAGAUUUGUUCCAAAAAUGCAGGCCUAAUUUUUAAAUGAAUUUCUUCAAUUCUUUAGCAGCUCACUGUACAUUUUAAUCACCUAAUCAAUAAUUUUAUUAUGUGCUAAACAAACAAAAAAUAAACAAAUUAUGUGCGACUCAAAACAAAACGGAACCCCUUGUCAAAACGACAGUUCCUCCGAGACCACCGAAGACGACGAGUUGGAUUAUGACAUGUGGGAGGGCCAGUUUCAGUUUUUCGGACCGUCGGCGCGAUUUAACGGAAAUGACGAUAACAAACAGUUGAUAUACGCCAAUGGACUGAGGGAUCAUUUCGGUGGAAAUGCACCGGACGAUGAUGAUGAUGAUGAUGACGAAGGAAAGAGCUAUCAGGUACUGCAGCAACAAGUAGGAGUUCUCCAAGACUCCGCACACCAAAGAGAUGAAAGGUACACGAGAGUGAAGGCUGAAAAUGCUGCUUUACAAGCCAGGGUCAUUAUGCUUGAAGAACAACUGCGAGACACCGAAAUGAGAUGCGAAGAAAAAAUACAAGACGAACAACGCAGAUCGAAAGAACUCUCCCAACGAGUGGAGCGGGAAAAGCAACUGCAACUCGAAAACGCCUCGAUUCGCCUUCAAAACUCAGAAGGCGAAUGCGAAAAGCUCAAAGAGGAACUCACCAGGCAAAGAACGAAAAUCGAAAAGCUCGAGCUGCAGAAGGACGAGCUGAAUAAUCAGGUGCAGGAGCUGAAUUUUGAGCUUCAGGACGCCAAGGAGGAAGUUAAGAACGCUAGGGAAAGAGAAAAUAGACUGAUCAAUGAGCACGAGAGUCAAGCUCAGCUUUUGGAGGAGCUUUCUAAGGAAAUCGAGCGGUUAAAGUUGGAAAGUCGCAUGCCGGCACUUCCUACCACCAGUCUUGAAACAUUAAGAUUAGAAGAACUCCACGAGGAAAUGUCUCAACUCCGCGCGGAAAACUCAACUUUACUAGAAACCAACGAAGAACUCCAAGCCAGUCUGCUACAUGCCGGACUAGAAACUGGACGGAUUUUGACCAACGGUGAAAAUAGUCUUGCUCAUGAGCUGGAUGUAAUGAGUCAAGAUGACAUCCAUAAGGCUUUAAAGGAGCAACAGGAAGUGAACCGGCAACUCAGGACUUAUAUCGAAAGCAUCUUGCUCAAUAUCGUGGAAAACCACCCUCAAUUGCUUGAAGUUAAGUAUCAAGCAAAACAGUGUUUUAAAAACUAACGAUCUUAUACUGAUUUGUCAAACUUUAUUGUGUGUUUUAAGUGUAUUCCAGUUAAAAAGGUUGUUCAAUUCUAAAAAUGAUUAAAAUUAAUUAUUUAGACUUGAAACAAACAGGGUACGUCAAAAAGAGUUAUGAACUGGAAUAAUGUGCCGUCCCUAUUAUUCUCCUACAAUGAUUUUGUGAUAAUAUUAAAUCACUGUGAUUAUUUUUGAUAUAUAGAGACAAUAUAUUACUAGGCUUCAAAAAAUUAUUUCGCUUAGUAGUUCCUAUGUUCAGAUGGCCUAUUUUUUCGAAUAUUUUAACACGUUUAUUUCAAGUGAAUUUUAAUGUUUUUACGUGUAUAAAAAGCUACAUGUUUUAACAGUAAAGUUGUAAAUAUAUGUAAAAUGUAUAUUGUCUUAAUUAUGUAAAUCAAGGUCAUGUAUUGUACAUUUUUUAACCAAAUAUUAUGAUCCGUUUUUAAGUUAUUAAUAAUAAAAUAGAUAUAUGUUUUAUAUAAAA